AUGGAUUCACAACUAAAUCAAAGUCAUUAUUGCAUCAGGAACUCCAGUUCCUCCUGCUUGGAAAAAUCUGGGUCUAGAAAAGUAGAUGUGAUAAUCUAUACGUGUGCUGCAGUCCUUAUUCUGCUUACAGUGUGUGGAAACCUGCUUGUCAUCAUCUCUGUUUGUCACUUUAAGCAGCUCCACACUCCAACUAAUCUGUCGAUUCUCUCUCUGGCUGUAUCUGACUUUCUUGUUGGAGUUUUUGUUAUGCCUUUUCAUUUCAUCCAGAUGAUUGAAUCCUGCUGGCUUUUUGGAUUAACUCUGUGCAAGUGUUUUGCUUUUUUCUCCGUUCAAGUACCCACUUUGUCUAUCCAAAAUGUUACUCUCAUCGCAGUGGAUCGUUAUUUUGCUCUAAACAACCCUUUUCUUUACUUCAAAACAGUUUCACUCAAUGUAAUGCUUCUUUCUACUUCACUUCUCUGGUUAAUGUCAAUAUUGUAUAGCUUUGCUGUUUUCUACACUGGUGGAGUUGUUUAUGAUCCCUCAUGUCUGGGGAAAUGCUACAUAAUCAUGUCUGGAGACUGGCCUAUGGCUGAUCUAAUCCUAAUGUUUGUAUUGCCCUGUUCAAUUAUAAUAUUCCUAUAUGUUCAGGUAUUUGUCAUUGUGAGGAGACAUGCUAAUGCUAUUAGGAAAGCAAAGAAACAAGAAAUCACAGAAAACACAAAGCAUACCACUGAUGCUCUGACCUCUGAAAGAAAAGCUGCCAAAGCUCUCUGCACUCUAGUGUUUGUUUUUUUAGCAUGCUUAAUUCCACUUUAUAUAUACAUGCUUGCAGCUGCUACAAGCUCGACAUUUUACGAUGUGAUAGACAAAUUCAUUAUCCUCUUUAAUCUAAACUCCUCCCUUAACCCUAUAAUAUAUGCAUUUUCCUAUUCAUGGUUUAAAAAGACCACAAAACUUAUUUUAACGUGUCAGAUAUUCAACACUGAUUCUUCUUUGAUGAAUGUCCAUUUGAAUUAA